CGCGCACAAGCAUACACGACCUUGUAUUAGCUGACUUUAUUGUUUAACCCAUAAUAUUUUCUUAUUCCUACAUUCUGAAUCUGAUCUAAUGCAUAUGGCCUUAGCUAGUGAUAGAGGGCGGUGGAAUAACUUUUUCCCCAAUCUUUGUGUUUCAAUUUUGAUAAACUGUUAGUGACAUUCCAGGAAAACUCGCACUUGUAUUCAUACUCCAGGAUAUCCUCCCAUGAUACCAAGCGACCUUUCCCAAACAAGUUUAUCAUCUGCAUUGGAUGGAGCAAGAAUGCUUUAUUUAGAUGGACGAAUACAUGAAACUGCUUUACUUGUUGCACAGGAGGCUGCUCGCAAGAAUGUACCUAUAUUAGUUGAAGGUGAACGGAUAAGAGAAGGGCUGGAUGAUCUUCUAAAACUAGCUGAUUAUGCUAUAUGCUCUGCAAAAUUUCCACAGGCAUGGACAGAAGCAGCAUCCAUUCCAAGUGCUCUUGUUUCGAUUCUUGUGAGAUUGCCAAAGAUCAAAUUUGUGAUUGUGACAUUGGGUGAAGAUGGAUGCCUAAUGCUUGAGAGAAGUGUGGAUGAGGCUCCUCAGUCAGAAGAAAUGGAUGUUGAUAUCUUGCUAGAAUUGGUGAAGCAGAGAGAAGAUGAUAACAUUGCUAUCCCAACAUGUGUUUCAUCGCCUGUGACAAAAUUGAGAGCCAAUGGAGUAGGGACGGUUUGUGGGAGGUUGUUUGUGGGAACAGCUGAGAAAGUACCACCCUCAGAACUUCAAGAUACUACAGGUGCUGGAGAUAGUUUUAUUGGAGCAGUUCUCUAUGCUAUUUGCUCCAACAUGCCUCCAGAGAAAAUGCUGCCAUUUGCUGCUCAAGUGGCAGCUACCUGCUGUAGGGCUGUGGGAGCUCGAACUGGGCUUCCACACUGCACAGAUGCACGCCUGGCAUCAUUUUUAUCUUAAAAAUUCCCAGGAGGUCCUACAUGAUUGGCAUAGUUAACUGGAAAGGUGAAAUUUAGCCUAGAAAUUAAGCUAUUUCCUCUCAUGAGUUAUUAAUUUUGUAAACUACUGUCUCUUGGCGUAGAAGAUUUCCUUGUAACGGACAGACAAUUUGAUGAGUAUAAGUGUCUCCUCAUUUGAGUGAUUCUGUACCAA